AUGCAGCUUUGCCACGACUUAAAGCCGUUGAUUUGGACUUGGUUUGAUAAAUUUGUAAAAAAACAUCAAAAUGUUCAGGAACUAAAAGAACGCGCCAUUAUUGCUGCUGGAUUGUUCGUUGCUUUCUGUGGAAACUAUUUGCAAUCAAAGGUUCCCGAAAUUAUCAGCUUGUUGAUUGAACGCUCCCGUAACGAGGUGACGAGGAUUUACGCAAUUCGAGCACUCGAAGUUGUCGUUCAAUCGCCGCUUAAAAUCGACCUUAAUCCGUCGACAUUUAGUGCUCUGUUGCCGAUUUUGUCUGAAUCUCUCCGCAAAAACUUGCAAUCUCUUAAGAUUGCCAUUCUCUCCUUAUUGGCCACUUUGUUCAAGAGCUACGAAUAUCCCGGAAUUGAAUCUGAUGCCCUAGUCACCGUUCUUGGUGAAAUUGCAAUUUUGAUUGACAACGAUGAUCUCCUUGUGGCUAAAUUUGCUCUACGAUGCUAUGCUUUGGCUUUUGCGAAGUAUCCAAAUGCUGCAGCGUCGCAUGUUCAAAAUGUGCUCGGACAAUUCGUGAAAUUAAUGAAAGCAGCUGUGUUGCAGGGACCACUGCUCAACUCUGCGUUGGAAAUGAUCGAGGCGCUUGUGCGCAGCAAUGUUCCCGGGAAGCCACAUUUUGAGGAUCUUCUUGAUCAGAUUACCGCUCCAGUCUACGACUCUCAACUUCCACGCCAGGCAUUCUCCGCUAUCUCCGCCACUACUGCCGUUGUUGCUUCGGCCUCUCAAAAUUUGGAACAGGCUGUUCAUUUGGCGACAAAGCUCAGUGAACAAUUGGCUAACCGUUCAUCAACGGAUGCAAUUCGCCUCUUUUCACUUCUUUCAUUGGGUGAACUGGGACGGAGAUGCAGUGAAGUCUAUGCGUCUAAUGCGAUCAAAGCUGAGCCGUUAAUCAUGGAGGCAUUCAAUUCGCAAAAUGAAGAUCUAAAAUCUGGUGCCUCAUAUGCUCUUGGUGGAAUGGCGGUUGGAAAUUUGCCGAAGUUCCUUCCAUUCAUUCUUCAACAAAUGCAGGAAAGCAAACGACAAUUCUUGCUUCUGCAUGCUAUUAAAGAGAUCAUUUUAUGUGAAGGACAAUCAAAGGAAUCUUAUGAAGCCUUCCAACAGCACAUCGUACAGAUCUGGAACGUUUUGCUCAUUCACGCCGAAUCGGCCGAAGAAAGUACUCGAAAUGUUGUCUCGGAGUGUAUUGGAAAAUUGUGUGUUCUUCAACCUGAGUUGGUUGGCGAGUUGAAGAAACAACUCAACUCUUCGUCGGCAAAUGUUCGCUUGGUGGUUAUUACAUCGAUUAAAUACAUGGUCUCAGUUGAGAAGAAGCCCGUCGAUGACCAGCUGGCUGUGUGGAUUCCAAAUGUUUUGGCUUUGGUCAAUGAAGAAGAUCUGAAUCAACGACGUCAUGUCUUCAAUACCGUUUCUUGCAUUGCACAUAGUAAACCUGCUUUGGUUCGAAAUCAUCUUGAUAAGAUCAUGGCGGUUAUUUAUCACGAAACAAAAGUCCGCAAAGAACUCAUCAAGGAGGUCGAAAUGGGGCCUUUCAAGCACCAAGUAGAUAACGGUUUGGAUUUGCGAAAGGCUGCCUUCGAAUGCAUGUUCACGUUGUUGGGCAGUUGCCUUGAAAAAUUGGACGUUUUCGAGUUCAUUUCUCAUCUCGAAGAUGGACUUCGGGACUCUCAUCACGAUAUUCGUCUUCUUGCCUAUGUCAAUCUCUCAAAAUUGGCCACUUUAACACCGGCACAUGUGAUGCAACGGCUUGAUCGCAUCUGUGAACCUUUGAAGGCACAACUGUUGUUCAAAGCAAAAACCAAUGCUGUGAAACAAGACUUCGACAAGUAUGAUGACCUGAAACGUGCCGCUAUUCGAACUUGGUUGAUUCUUCAGGAGAUGCCCGAAGGUUCCCGUCAACCUCAGCUUGUUGACAUACACCACACAAUCAAGGGGACUGCUGAGUUAAAGGAUAUGCUGACCGCCAUUGAGAAGGAUUCACAACGCGUUUAUUAUGGCGACCUCUCGAUGGAUACCAAU